UGCUUGCGUUGGAGUAGUCCCGCCCCUGACUCGUUUAGCCUGGUGCGCUGUGUACGAGGAAGUCUUCAGUCGAGGGUGUACUGACGCAAAGUGUUUGAGAUACUUUUGACCGGCAUUAAACUGAAGUUUUGCAGCUGGAUUACCCGUCUGAAGAGGAUGAAUCAAUCCGAGAAACGGGCUACAUUAAAAUAAGAGUCAAAAAGAAAAGGCCGUUUUGACCGAGCGCAGAGCACUUUCCUCACUUUAUCCACCGCUUACAAUGGAGCCCAGCAAGCCUACCGCCUGGGCCUCUUUCCGACAGAGGGCGAAGCCUCUCUUCUCCAACUUGAGCAUCAAAAAGAUAAAGAAGAAGGGCAGCAUUAAAGCAGAGGUCAGGAAGAAGCGAUUUCUGGACCAGAGGAUGAUGAGUACCUCGGUCCCAGACUUUCGUCAGCUGCACAGCGGGGCUGCCAGCACAGACAGGACAGCCCCGCUCCCUUCCAACGCCACACCCUCGCCACUAAACACAGCCCUAAACAACCACCAUGCUGCCACGCAUCAGAAGAACCGUCUGUCCAUGCCGGAGGAGAGCCAGGCUUGGGGCUCGAUGGAUUCUCUGCAGACACAGAUGGGCGUUGAUGAAGUGGAGGGCCUGUCUCGCACUACACUGGUAUGGGAGAUUAAAAGUGAAGAGGAGUCAAACCGGUUCAGCACUACAGAGGCGGCGGCUGCUGCUGCUGCACAGGGUGAAGUGCCCACGGUGGAGAUCACUGAAGAGCUAAGUGAGGAACGCUUUGAAAACAAUGAGCUCGACGUCUCGCAGACCUCCCAGUUCUUUGCAGCUAAUUCUAUGCUGGACGAGAGGGUUGAUUCUCUGGCCGUCCUACCCAGCAGGGUCUCGUACGUCUUGACCAUUAAUCUGAAGCAAGGAAGGAACCUUGUGAUCCGGGAUCGCUCAGGCACCAGUGAUCCCUAUGUCAAGUUUAAACUGGACGGGAAAACCCUUUACAAGAGCAAAGUUGUGUACAAGAAUCUCAACCCAGAGUGGAAUGAAUCGUUUUCUGUACCAGUUAGGAACCUGGACCAGAAAAUGUAUAUCAAGGUGUAUGACCGGGACCUGACCACCGACGAUUUCAUGGGUUCGACCGACAUCACCCUGAGUGACCUGGAACUGGACAGGACUGUGGAGAAGGUUCUGCCCUUGAACGACCCAAACAGCUUGGAGGAGGACAUGGGUGGGAUUGUGCUGGACCUCUACCUGUCCAUCAACAGCCAAGAGAGAAAGAGUCCGAAGUGGAGGAGCCAAAGGAAGCGAGGGAGCAGCACAAAGCCGAAUUCACAGCAGAAUGGCAGCCGGCUGGUGGACACGCUGCACAAGAGCCAGCUGUGGACUGGGGUGGUGUCCAUCACCCUGGUGGAGGGGCGGGGCCUGCAGGAGGGCGUUGGCGAGUUCUUCAUUCGCUUUAAACUGGGUGAUCAGAAAUACAAGAGCAAGACCCUGAAUAAAUGUCCCAACCCCCAGUGGAGAGAGAAGUUUGAUUUCAACCACUUCCAGGAGAGGCAGGCUAUGCUGGAGAUCGAGAUUUGGGGGAAGGAAGGCAGGAGAUUUGAAGAGUGCUUCGGAAGGUGCAAUGUGGAUCUGGCUAUGCUGCCUGGGGGCCAGACCAAUGUGCUGGAGCUGCCCCUGGAUGCUCAAGGGACAGUGAUUACUCUGGUUUCCCUUAAACCCUGCUCUGGGGUCUCUAUCUCUGACCUGGGUGCCUGUCCCCUGGAUGAUCCCAAAGAGAGAAAUCAGAUACUGGAGAGAUACCAUAUAAAGAACUCCUUGCAGAAUUUAAAGGAUAUUGGCUUUCUCCAAGUAAAAGUGCUAAACGCUGUGGAUCUCAUUGCUGCUGAUUUUGUAGGGAAAAGUGAUCCCUUCUGCAUGCUGGAGCUGGGGAAUGACCGGUUACAGACCCACACGAUCUACAAGAACCUCAACCCCGAGUGGAAUAAAGUCUUUACAUUCCCCAUCAAAGAUAUCCACGAUGUUCUGGAGGUGACCGUUUUGGAUGAAGACGGAGACAAACCGCCCGAUUUCCUCGGCAAAGUGGCCAUCCCUUUACUCUCUGUAAGGAACGGUCAGUCCAGUGCCUUCAUGCUGAAGAAUAGGGACUUGGGUGCACCAACGAAAGGCGUUAUCUUUUUGGAGAUGGAGGUCUUUUAUAACCCGGUGAAAGCAGGCAUCCGCACCUUCACACCGCAGGAGACCAGACUCAUUGAGGAUAAUCCCAAAUUUUCCAAAAAGAUAUUAACGAGGAAUGUUGAUCGUGUUAGGAAAAUCACUGUGGCCAUAUUGAAUACGAUCCGGUAUAUUAAAAGCUGCUUUCAGUGGGAAUCUACACCAAGGAGUUUAAUAUCCUUCCUGUUGUUCCUGGUUGUCGUGUGGUAUAUGGAGCUGUACAUGGUGCCUCUCUACCUGGUUCUCCUGCUCGCUUGGAACUACUUCCAGAUGGCCUGUGGGAAGGGCAGCAGCACACAGGACCUGGGAAGUAUGGGCCUGGGCGACGAUGAUGACGAUGAUGAAAAGGAAUCUGAGAGAAAAGGAUUAAUAGAAAAAAUUCACAUGGUUCAGGAUAUUGUGAUAACAGUUCAGAAUAACCUGGAAGAAAUUGCUUGCUUCGGAGAAAGAAUUAAAAACACUUUCAACUGGACCGUCCCGUUCCUGUCCAGUCUUGCUUGCCUGGUUCUUGUUGUUGCCAUGGUUUUACUGUAUUUCAUCCCUCUGCGGUACAUUGUUUUGUUGUGGGGAAUAAAUAAAUUUACCAAGAAGUUACGGAAUCACUACACCAUCGACAAUAACGAAAUCCUAGAUUUCCUCUCCAGGGUGCCUUCGGAUAUACAGAAGGUGCAGCACGCCGAAUUAAAACCCCCAUCCACCAGCCACAGCCCGCUUCGGAAGAAAAGGUGCGUAGAUGGAAGGUUGGGCUAUCCUUGAAAUGCCAGAACACUCACCUAGUGAAGCUGCAGCUCCCGCCUCUAGCCCUCCUGCUGCUGCCUGCUGUCUCACCACUCGCACUAAUUCUGCUCUCGUCACCUCUGUGGCACGAUCCUGCUGAGUGGCCUGGGGUGCUUGAAACGCUUUCAGUAUCUAAUAAUGUAAUAUACUGAGCAGUGCAGCAUGAAAUAAUAAUACUGCCCUAUUGGAGAGCGUGGUUGACUUUGGGAUUCGAGCCAUCUGUUUCUCUGUCUGUCUGUCCAUGUGCACACUGCAGACAUGUCCCUGGAUGAAAUAAAGUUUGAAAUUUCAUACCGUGGAAUGCCCAGCGCACCAGCUAAUCCGUCUGGCUGUCUGCUUGACCACAGAGCAGGAUACCUGUCUCCUCUCAUUUACUGUUGCAAUAUGUCUAGCUAUUAACUAGGCUCUCUGAAAAAAGAUGCUGCUGCUGCUUUAAAUGACUAGGCACUUCUUUUUAUCCUAAGUGUGCUGUAUGUACACACUCAUCACAAAUGUAAACACUUCUAUGCACCUUCUCUCUCUAAAAUGAUGCUUGUGUUCUUCAAAGCUGCUAUCCAUUACUUGUCUACCUUUGUCCAAACAAAGUGAAGAAUGUGUGUGUAUAUAAAAUAAAAGUAGUUCUUAAGUUUUUGUAUUUGCUGGGAGCAUGUUACAUGAUGUUUUAAGUUGGGAUUCGGUGUAGUGCACGUGUUUAGAACGUAGCUUCUAUGUUUGUGUUUCUUUCCAUGUUGCUUGUGGCAAAUAAACUCAUCUCUGUACUCCUCUCUACUGCUGUAACACUGAUUGUAUUUUUUAUUCUGUCAACAUUAUUAUUAUUAUUAUUAUUAUUAUUAUUAUUAUUAUUAUUAUUCUUUUUUUUUUAUCAAACACUGGCAGUUGCCUUUCAGUUUCUGAUAUGGGAUUUUGUUUUCCUCUUCAAUAGGUAGUAUGAAGAAUUGUGUGAAUGUGUGGAGAUCUGCUAUUGAAAUGUCUGAAUCAGCAAGCCUAUUUCAUUGUGUUUCGUCUGCUGUCAUUUUCUUCUCUUUAAUGGUGGGCUCUAUGUUUGUAAUGCUGAAGAGUGUUAUUAUGCACACGAGUUCCAGUCCAUUGUAAAGAGCAUUCCGGUGCAUACUACUUUGAGAAUAUGUAUUUCUCCAGGGCUGUAAAUGUAUUUAAAAUCCUGUAUUGUGUUUUUUUUACAAAGCUGUAUAUCUAAAUUCAUGUUUAUAUAAAUAUGCCUUUAUUUUAUUGUAAAUAAGAUUAAAAAUAAAUAAUAAAAGAAAUGGGAAUUGAUUUAAACAUU